AUGCCGGUAGACAACAGACCUACCAUCUUGUGGAUUGGCGAUGCAGUGAAGCACAACCCAGCUGUUUUCAAACGUCUCGAGAGUCAAUUCGAGAUCAUCAGACCAGAAGCGGAGUUACGCCAGCGUCCUGCAUUUCUGGAAGCUCUUCGAUCCAAGACAUGGGGAGAGUUCGAUGCUAUUCUUCGGCCUUUCUGGGUGACCGGCGGUGAGAUGGGUCGCUGGGAUACGGAACUGGUUCCACUUCUUCCCAAGUCAUGCAAGAUCUUCGCUAGUGCAGGAGCUGGCUAUGAUUGGGCAGAUGUUGAUGUUCUGGCAGAGCAUGGAAUAUUGUAUUGUAAUGGUGCACAAGCAUCCUCGGAGGCAGUUGCGGACAUGGCUAUCUUUCACAUCUUGUCGGUCUUUCGCAAUCUUACGUGGUCUCACUUGGCUGCUCGAUCGGGUGAUGCUAGAGAAUGGUUGGAUGCGCAUGCAAAUGCUACCAUGACGGCUCACAACCCUCGCGAUCACAUCCUUGGUAUCAUUGGUCUCGGAAACAUUGGAUUUACAGUUGCCCAAAAAGCGUUUGCUGGCUUUGGAAUGAAGAUACACUACUACGAUGUCGCUCGUAAGCCUCGUCAGCAAGAAGAGGCUGUCAACGCAACUUUUGUAGACAGUCUUGAAUCUUUGUUAGGGAUGUCUGACUGUGUUCUUCUUGCCACUCCAUUCGGUGGCAGUAAGGUCAUCGACGCCGAACGCUUGGCCAUGUUCAAGCAAGGAUCUCGAUUCGUCAAUAUAGCGCGCGGAACUCUGGUCGAUGAAGAUGCUCUGGUGCAGGCGCUCAAGAAUGGCAACCUUUUCGCUGCUGGACUCGACGUCUUUGAGAACGAGCCAGCAAUCCAUGCUGAGCUUCUUGGGAUGCGCAAUGUGACUCUCACUUGUCACAACGCCGGAGGAGCCAUUGAAACCAAUUAUGCGUUCGAGAAGUUGGCGAUGGAGAACGUUGAAGCGUUGUUACUGACUGGAAAAGCAUUGACACCUGUGAAUGCGCAUUUGAUCCGAGAUUGA